AUGGAGAGUGGGAAAUGUACGGCUCCGUACUGGACGGUUGGAUGCUAUGCAGACAGAGUUUAUGCAAAAAGAGCGCUCAGUGAAUUGAUAUUUACUGACAGAGAUAAAUAUUCCAUCGUUUAUUCUGGCAAGGAAAUCGACUGGGAAAAUUACGGAGCGUACAUUUCGGAUUUGGCAUGUCAUUGCUCUAAAAAGACAGCAGAAAAGGAUUACAGUUACUUUGGUCUUCAGUUCUACGGUGAAUGCUGGAGUGGACCACAUGCGAACGAAACCUACGCAGUAUAUGGUGACAGCAAUAAUUGUAUUAACGAGUUUUACAAAGACUGUGAACUGUUGUAUGAUGAAAUUUGCAUUGGUCGGGAUAAUGCAAAUUUCAUAUACACCAUAUUAGCCUCUCCUGGAUCAGGCAGUGGAGACAGCUGAUCAUUCAUCAAAGAGAUAAUAUAAAUCACGAAAAUGGCAUUUAUAUCUUUAAUUGCAAGCACUUGAUAUGUUGUAAAUAGACGAGCUUUCUCUUAAUCUUUUAACCAAGUGACGUAUUUCUCGUUAGUGAGCUAAUGAUAAAACAAACAAAUGAAA